GAGCAUGCUGCUCCAGUGCAUCACAUUCCUGACCUCUGCCGAGUCGUACAGGGGCAACUACUCGGCGGCAGCCAUCCAUUUAGCCGCUUGUCUCGCCAUCUUGGAGCCUCGUGGUGGGAUUAUGCAGCUGCAAGACAGGCACGUUCAGGGACAGAUCCUCAUGGGCGACCUGUUCCUUGCUUGUGUCGAUCUGAAGCCCUGUCUAUGUGGCUGCGAUUACGAUCCUGGUCCGGCACAUGUGCUUGAGCUCCAGCCCUACGAGUUGUCCGGUACCUGUCAUCUCGAGCACGGGGCGAAAUUCGUAUGCGCAGACUCACUGAUUGUAGGACACUUCAUGCAGAAUCUGGUUGAGCAGAUUUUGGAAACAUACUACAUCAAAACGAAUCUGGACACCACAUAUAUGAAUUCAAGCAGAGUACACCAGAUCGGCCAUUGGGUCACGAUGCGAAAUAUGGCUUCACGCAACCAGCUCCUUGGCCUUGAGCUCGUGGACUGCAGGAUGCGAGCUCUUCGAGCAGCGCUGGUCAUGUGGAGCUUGCUUGCAAUGAACUAUACUGGCAGAGUAACGACGGUGAAAGUCAUGGCGAGUAAGUUGCGAGACAUGAUGGAGGGGGUGCCAGGAAGCGACUGGAGCGUUCAUGAAGGCACCAGACUGUGGAUCCUGCUUCUUGGAUACAAUUGCUCUGCAGACGGCUCAGAGGCUCUAGGAUGGUUCCUCGCCGAGAGUCUUCGUGUAACGCCGCUAUGCGCAGACCUUGUCCCAUCUCGCGGCACUGUUGUUGAGCGACUGGAGCACUUUCAGAGAGCUUAUCUAUACCACGCUCCUAUACAGCGGUACUUCACUGAGCAGAUUGGAGCAGCGCUGCUUGGGACGAAAUAUGAUAGCGAAGCGCUCGAGUGACGGAAAGUCGAAUGCGCGGGGCCAAGGCCGGAACUUAUCGGCUUGUCGACGACGCAGCUCCCACUGAUGCAGUCUGUCAACAUCAGAAAUUGACUAAGCUGGAACUGGCGUUUCUAUGUUGGUUGUCACUGCUGAGAUGUUCAAGAUUUAAUGUAGAACGGCGUUGUUGCAAGGAGAAGAGGAAUGGAUGGUUGUUAUUUUUACAUAGAUAUGUUACGCCACAAUCUGUGGCGUUGAUCU